UUGCUAGCGAACAACAGUUACUGUAGCAAACAACAGCUGCGGGCGAAGGAAGAAAGAUUCUGAAUGACACGACUUCCUUAGUUUGUCACAUCAGACAAGAGAAAAUGUACUGUGCGUUUAUCGACCGUAUGAGUUACAACAAGGCAGAGAGAUACGCGGUUGCCAGAAAGGGAAAGUUGAUGCCACAUGGCCGGUCUGCGAGAGACCAGGAACAGGAGUUUCCUAAUUCCCUGAGAUCUACGGUGCCAGAGCGGGAGUUCCAUGUUCUUCCAUGGACAUCUCCCGUGGUUGACAUCUGUCGCGGAAUUGUGCAAAUUAAUAAGCCAAGUACAUCGGUGCAUAACUUAGUACUGCUCACUAUGUAUUUAUGUAUUGUACGACUAAAAUUUACGGCCACCCUCAUUUACAAGCGGGUAGCGCUCUAUAACUUCCAGAAUAAAGUCUUGGCAGUGGGGCUAGAAAACAAUUGUCAUGUGUUUGAAGGUCAGAGGAAUUUCGAGACGGACUGUAGAGCAGAUUACUGUAAAGUUCUCGGUUCUCCUAGACCCUCUUUUUAGAAACGGGAUUUGAAAAUAUGGAAUAGUUAGAGAUAGAAUACAUCCGACAAUUGAGAUGCACUAGAUAGAAA